AUGCGAAAGCAAAAAGCCGAGCUGGUUAAGAACCUUAUGAUGGAAGCUUGGAACGAUGUCAAGUCAAAGGCGGGAGCAGUAACAACAGAACAUGAUACUGAAGUUGAGCGAAAACGAAUAUCUUAUCAUGAUAAAGCUAAAGACGACUGUCUUAGGCUGCCGCAAUUACCAGCGAAAAUGCAAACUGCUAAGCAAUGUGCAGCGGAAAAUGGUAUUCGUGUUGGUUUUGCCACGAUGACACUGAGGAUCACGUUUUCGAUCGCAACACGACCGAUUCUACAAAUUUACACGCCUUUCGAGAAGAACAAUACCGGUAUUUAUCCAAUCGUAAACAUGCCGACACUAACCGACGAGGAACAGGAGUUGAUUCAGAACGACCGCGAGGCGAAUCCAGGCUGUUUCUACUCGACGGCUUUGUCACAAUCGUGCAGGUCUAUUAACGGUGAUAGCAAGUGUGAGAUUAUCAAGAAAAUAUUUCGUCAAUGUCCGAAUUCUCGCAAGGAACUUAUUUCCAACCGUAAAGAGAUUACAGAGGACGAACAUGGCGGCGAAGCGACUGACGAGGACUUUUUCAAUCGGGAGAGGAUGGAUCCACGUAGAGGCGGUGAACCGGGAUUUGGCACAUUUUUCCAGCAACGAGGAGACGAUUUUGAAGCCCAGAUGAGUCCAUUUGACUUUCUCCGCCAAGAAAUGCUGCGUCCGUUUGAGGAGUUUUUUGGUGGCGGGAUCUUGGGUCGCGGCGCACUGAACCCGUUUGAAGGCCUAGAAGAAGGAGAGUUUGAGCGGACGCCGAUACCACCGCUCACGCCACAUCGACCUUCUCGACAGACACCUUCUAAUCCUCCACACUACUCUUUCCAUCCAUCUCAAGGAAACGACUCGAAUGAAGCGGAUGCCCAAGCACGCGCACGAGAGAAAAGCGACAUGUUUGCAGGGUUUUCAGGCCGAGUGGAAGAAAUCUAG